AUGACCGCAGUCGCCAUGGAAGAAGACAAGAAGAACAUGAGCCAGCACAUCGAGGGCUCCAUCAGGGACGAGGGUUCGGAGCCUGUCAAGUCCGAAAGCUCUGAUGGCCGAUUCGACGGCGACGUCAAUCUUUCGGGCCCGGGUGAUACCAUCUACCUGAUCCCGACGCCUAGCCCCGACCCGCGAGACCCUUUGAACCUCCCCUUGAUGAGAAAACUGGUUGUCAUGGGCAUCGUUGCCUUGUUCAGCUCCGUUGGCCUGUCCAUGGUCAGCGGACUGGGAGGUCUUUUGAACUUGUUUAUCCCAAUCUAUGUCGCCGAGGGCAAGGGCUACGCCGAUAUCACGCAUCUAAUGACGUAUCCCACUUUGUUCAUGGGCAUCGGAAACAUCAUCGCCAUGCCCAUCGCCCUAGCGGUCGGACGCCGCCCCGUCUUCCUCGUAUCCUGCAUCGUGCUCGUCCUCUCUUGCGCCCUCUGCGCCACGCAACAAUCCUACGAAUGGCACCUUGCCGCCCGCAUGGUCCUCGGCCUCGCUGCCGGUCAGAGCGAGGCCCUGUGUCCGUUGAUCAUCCAAGAGUCCUUCUUCCUGCACGAGCGCGGCAAGUACCAGAUGAUCUUUACCGCGGCUGGUAACAUCUUGACCACCAUCUUCACGCUUCUCACCUCGUACAUUGGCGCGGCGAUUGGCGCCAAGGGAUGGUAUUCCAUUGGUGCGGGCGUGGCCGGCCUUGUCCUCAUCAUCAGCGUCUUUUUGCUUCCAGAGACCAAGUACGAGAGGCCGUUGUCCGCUUAUCAAGGCCGCGAUGCCACCGUCAGCACGUUUGCUGCGGGUGCCGAGGACCCUCAACAAGCUUCGUAUCCCAUCCAGCGCAUCGCUACCACGGACGUGCGCGAGCUCGACCUAGUCAACUACAAGCCCCGCACCCUUGCCUCCGAUAUGCGCCUAUUCGUCAACAAGCCAGAUUGGGACGAGGGUAUCCGAACACUGCAUCGCAUGUUUACCAUUAUGCUCUUCCCUGACAUCCUCUGGGCGUUCCUUCUCAACGGUCUGACCCUCGGCGACAAGAACAUCUCCUUCGCCAUGGCCGGCCAAAUUGUCGUCUCCUUCUGCGCCCUCCCUCUGCUCGGCUGGGGCUCCGAUUGGGCCGUCAAGUAUCUCGCCCGCCGAAACGGCGGCGUCCAUCAACCCCAGUACCGCCUCGUCACCCUCGUUCUCCCCACCAUCGCUGGUGUCAUCUCCGCCAUUCUCUACGGCCAAGCCGCCGCCCACCCCGAGCGCCUUCACUGGUUCUCUGUCGUGUUCGCCGUCAGCGCCUACUACUUUGCUUUUAUUGGCGCCAACCAGGUCGGCAUCGUGUACUCUCUGGACUCGUACCCUACCCGUGCCGGUCCCGCGCUCGUCGUGAUCUGCGCUACCCGUGGUAUUCUCAGCUUUGGCACGUCGUACGGCAUUACGCCUUUUAUCGAGCUUCGCGGAUACGACGGUGCGUUCCUUAUCUACGGCAUUCUUACGGGUGUCUUGGGCGCCAUGGGCAUCGUGGUCUAUUUCUUUAGUGCCCGCAUCCGCGCCUUCUGUUCCCGAUACGCCGUCAGGACUAGCGACACUAAGCCCUCCUACUCUUGA